GCCUGGCCGGUGACUGCCGUGCCAAGUCGGGUAUAUAUAACCGCAGUUGCUUACGGGGGAUUUUGAUGCGGCUUGCACAGUGCCGGCGAGCAGCAGCGGUCGGCACCCCCACACCCACACUUCGUCUUCGUCCCCCCGUCUUCUUCCUCCCCUAGCUAGCUCCCGGCGUUGGGUUUUGGCCUUGCCUUCCGCUCCCCCUUCUUUCCUUCCCCAGUUCAGUCCCGACGCUCCAAGCUAGGACCAAGAAAGAUCGAGCUCCUCGCUGGACCGCACAGCUAGCAGUUCUGGCUUUGGCUUCUCCGAUCCCUUCGCUUCUUCCAUCAUCCACGGGCAGUGCGCGGUCUCUCCACGCUCUCCGCGGACCAAGUGAAGUGAAGGUGGUUGCUGGAGUGAAGAGCGGGUCCAUCUGGUAAUGCCGCCGCCCACGGGGAGCCGGCGGCCGGGGUGCGACGGCGGCUCCAUGCUCAGGCUGCUCCUCGUCGGCUCCCUCUGCUGCGGCUGCUUCUUCCUCGUCGAGCUCUGGGACAAUGGCGCGCUCCGUUCAGAUUCCGGGAAGAUGGCAGGAGCAGCGACCCACCACGCCGGUCAUGAUCCGGUCAGUCCCAGCACCGAUCUGCAGGACAUCGGUCACUACUACAACGGCGCCGGCGGGCGUCGGCUGCUUUCCGGCGGCCCAGGGUCGCACCCGCCGCGGUGCACGUCCAAGUGCGGCAGCUGCAGCCCGUGCUCGCCCGUGCACGUGUCCGUGCCGCCGGGCGUGCUGGUCACCACGGAGUACUACCCGGUGGCGUGGCGCUGCAAGUGCCGCGACCGCCUCUACAUGCCGUGACGCCCCCUCGCCGCCCACCUACUACAGGCAGGGCGCGCGCACCGGCCGGCAAGAAGAAGGAGCGCCGCCUCCGCCGCGCGCGCGCGCCGCUCCCGCCUACGUACGUGCUUGCCGUACCGGGAGACAGCGACAGACAUGGGGGUGACGGACUGACGCCAGGCCACGCGCACGUGGUGGGCUACCGCGGCAGGCGCAGGGCCUGGCCGGCCUGCAUGCGUGGCCGUGGACGGUGCUGCCGCCGUGCACUGGCCACUGGAGUACGUGUGGACGUGGUGCGCGCCGCAGAGCCGGCCGGCGCCCUGAACUCGACCUGCUAGAGGGCGGUGGCGCAGUCAGGGAAAGCAGCUUCCCCAGGCACCUCCCCUCGGCAUGAUUUUCUUCUUCUCAAUCUCGCAUGAUUCUCGUGCGCGUCAUUUAUUCUUGUGCAGCAAAACCUAUACUAAGUCCCUUCUAGAGUACAAUUCUCAAAAAAAUCUACUGUAUACUACUACAUGCAUUUCCUUGCGACGUUCUUUUUUGCCUCGUUGUGGAAUUUGGUGCCGUCGCCUCUCA